AUCUUAGGAGAGAAGAUGGGGAACGUCAUGGAAGGGAAGACAGUGGAGGAGCUGAGCAGCACUGAAUGCCACCAGUGGUACAAGAAGUUCAUGACCGAGUGUCCAUCCGGCCAGCUCACGCUGUAUGAGUUCAGACAAUUCUUUGGCUUGAAAAACCUGAGUCCCUCGGCUAGUGAGUACGUCGAGCAGAUGUUUGAGACAUUUGACUUCAACAAGGAUGGAUACAUUGACUUUAUGGAGUAUGUGGCUGCCCUGAGUCUUGUCUUGAAAGGGAAAGUGGAACAGAAGCUUCGCUGGUACUUUAAACUGUAUGAUGUGGACGGCAAUGGCUGCAUUGACCAAGCGGAGCUGCUCAACAUCAUCCGGGCUAUACGCGCCAUUAACCCUUGCAGUGACACAACCAUGACUGCGGAGGAGUUCACCGAAACAGUGUUUGCCAAGAUCGACGUCAAUGGGGACGGCGAGUUGUCCUUGGAGGAGUUCAUGGAGGGUGUCCAGAAAGACAAGAUGCUGCUGGACACGUUGACUCGAAGCUUAGACCUUACCCAUAUUGUCCGCAUGAUCCAGAACAGUGGACAGAGCACGGACCAAGAACAAGGGGAGGAGGGGGCCGCUGGGUGAGCCCAGAGGGUCCGGGCCACCUCCUCUGAGGGCUCCUUUUGUGUUCCUUUUUUUAAAAAUACAGAUUAUGCAGCACUUA